GCGGCGGGCUGUGGGGGUAGCCGGCCCGCGCUGACGCCCGCUGUGCCCCCAGGGGAGCCGGUACCUGCAGGAGAAGUCGCUGAAGGCGUCGUCGACGCUGUACGUGGGGAACCUGUCCUUCUACACCACGGAGGAGCAGAUCCAGGAGCUCUUCUCCAAGUGUGGCGACGUCAAGCGCAUCGUCAUGGGUCUGGACAAGAUCAAGAAGACGCCGUGCGGCUUUUGCUUCGUGGAAUAUUACACAAGAGUGGAAGCUGAACAUGCAAUGAGAUUUAUUAAUGGCACCCGUCUGGAUGACCGCAUUAUCCGGACAGACUGGGACGCAGGGUUUAAGGAGGGCCGGCAGUACGGGAGAGGAAAGACGGGAGGACAGGUGCGAGAUGAGUACCGGACGGAUUAUGACGUGGGAAGAGGUGGCUUUGGCAAGAUCAUCCAGAUGCAAAAGGCAAAUCAGCAGACUAUGAUCUACUAAGUGCCUCAUCUGUCCUAGCACAGAGAAGGGCACUGGUCCUCCAUAGAUAGCCCUGUCCUUGCCCUUUGGACUGGGGUGGGGAGCAAGGUCCAGGUUCCAGGACGAAGUGAUCCUCCUUAGACUGGCUGUCUACAUUUGCUCAUUCCCUUUCCCUUUGGGAUAGAGAGGCUGUUCCCUGCUAAUGCAGGGCAGCAAGGGAACAGCGUGGCCAGCUCUGCAGGAUUCUCUUUAAGGACAAGUGCAGCAUGGCACCCAGACCCUGGCAGCAACUCACUCCUCUUGCUCUCUCUGACACAGCUGGCUGCCUCCAAGGUGUUCUUCCAGCCACUGUUGUUGCCCUCAAGUUCAAGCUUUGAGAACUCAUCAGCCAUCAAAGCUGUCUCACCUGCCCAGGCACGGGCAGGAGUUUCAAGUCUACCGUUUACAUUGUCUCCUGCUGUUUUAAAGCACUGUUGCUGGCUUGGGUUGGAGAAGCAUAAUCAGACUGUACUGGCCAAUGCAAGUGGUGCCUGCACUUCUAGCCCUGGGCUCAGUCAGACCUGCAGAGUCCCUGUCCUCGCCGUGCCCUUGGCACUGCCUAGGUGGGGCACAGUCUCCCAGUUACUGUGUGGUUUUUGUUAAGUGUCUUUUGGGUUUUUUAAAUAAACGUAUAGUCCUGUCUCUGCA